UCCAAGCGAUCGAGACGCGUGUGGCAAAAGCAAAUGAGUGAGCAGUGAUUUAAGUUCAAAGAUCGGUAUUAAAUACAGAACAGAGAUCGGUGGUCAGUGAACAUAAGGAAUAUUAACGAAAUAAUAAUGGAUAAACUCAAGUACAGCCGCUGUCCGCUCAAGAAGCGUCCGAUAAUGGUGGAGGAGUCCUGCCCAGAGGAUCACUUAAGUCAUGAUGAAGGUCCUGUGGACUUGAGUGUGGCCUCGGCUGCAGUGCCCUUGGAACCCCAUUGGUUGGCCAAAGCGGAACCGGAACCUCAAACGGUGCCUACGGAAUUGAGACGCCGCUUCGAUGCCGCCAUGAGUCAGACUAAGGAGCAGUUGGCCCGGCGUAUUUGGGAGGAAACCCGUGAAAUAGCCCGCGCUUUUCCGGAUGUCUUCACCCGCGAGGAAAUUGCCAAGAGUCUGGCCCGGCUGGGCUAUGGAGAAUUCGAGCUGCCGCCUGAGAAGGAGGUAAUGGAGCCGGAAACGGAACCGGAACAGCAAAUCCCCUUGGGUUACACCAGAGAUGCUAACCCUACCAUCAUCAAAGUGGAACCCACCGAAGAGGAGCAUUUUCCCCUGCGAAACUACAACAAUAACCUACUGAAAAGCAUAGCCGAGUAUGAGGAUUGUAUGAAAAUGCAGCCGAUUAAAGAGGAUAUUGUUCCGGUUCCACCAGCACCCCAGAUGUACUAUCCACCCCCCACUCCACUGGCCGAACCCGAAGAUCUAUCGGUGACCCAGAGGAGAGUUCUAAGUGAGAAUAUGAAUCUGCAGAAUGUGGCCAGGGCAUUGCUCAGCAUGCAGCACAUGGCUCCGCAGCAUCAGCAUGCGCCACCUCCGCAGGAUAUGGAGGACAUGGAUCAGGAGAAUCAGGACCUCAACCAGCUGAAGAUCAAGAGCAGCAAUGAUCUGUACUACCAGUGUCAGCAGUGCAACAAGUGCUAUGCCACCUAUGCGGGAUUGGUUAAACAUCAGCAGACCCACGCCUACGAGAGCACGGAGUACAAGAUCAUAAGGAGCCAGCCCGGAGGAUCGGGUGCCAUAGUGGAUCAAACCGAGUUCUGCACCGAUCAGGCUUCGGCCUUGAUUCAGGCAGCCAAUGCAGCAUCGGCGCAGAGUAUGCAAAAGCCGGUGGGAGUGCCGAGAUAUCAUUGCCAGGACUGUGGAAAGAGCUAUUCCACCUACUCGGGACUCUCCAAGCAUCAGCAGUUCCAUUGUCCUUCGGCGGAGGGCAAUCAGGUGAAGAAGGUGUUCAGCUGCAAGAAUUGCGACAAGACAUACGUUUCUUUGGGGGCCCUCAAAAUGCACAUUCGCACCCACACGCUGCCCUGCAAGUGCCCCAUUUGCGGCAAGGCCUUCUCGCGACCUUGGCUCCUCCAGGGUCACAUACGCACCCACACGGGGGAGAAACCCUUCAGCUGCCAGCACUGCAAUCGUGCCUUUGCAGAUAGGUCGAAUCUCAGGGCCCACAUGCAAACCCACUCGGAUGUGAAGAAGUACUCCUGCCCCACCUGCACAAAGUCCUUUUCGCGCAUGUCCCUGCUGGCCAAGCACUUGCAAAGUGGCUGCCAGAGUGAGCAGAAUGGAGGUCAAAGUGGGUCGGGCGGUGGCUUCGACCAGCAGCAGCUCCAACAACACCUGCAGGGCUACGAGGAGGGUCACAAUCCCCACCAGGUCUACUAUGCCGGCAGUGUGGGCAGCAGCAAUGGCGAAGAGGAGGAGGGCGGAGACUACACCAUGCCUCCACCACCAACGGCCAUUUAUUAAUCCUUAAGCUUAACCAUAACCUAAGUCAGUUUAGCCAAAGUCAGAAGUCGGAAAUCAUAAGAUUCAGGGAAAAGUCAGUGCCAAAAAUUAGUCAGGGCAAUUUUAUUGCCUCUUAGGGUCUCUAGUUUAUCACAACUAUUUAUUUAGAGUUAUUGCUAAACUAUUCCAAUACUCAUAUCGCAGUUGAGAGCUUAGUCUUAGAUUGUUUUCGUUGACAAUUCCUUGUAUUAUAAAUCGUUGUUAAAACUCAUUCGUGUACAAAUCGAAAAGGUGCCAGAGAAUAAACCCCACACAUACCACUUACUAACCUUUAAUUUAAUUUUAUAAUUUAUUUUACAUUUACCAUUAUGAUUUAAGCUUUGUAAAUAUGGUGAAGGUAGCCAUUUACUUGCAUGUAUUUAAUUUUAAUUUUUUUAAUGAAUAAAAAAAAGAAACCGAAA